AUGUUUUUCGCUCUUUUUGCAGGCUUGGUCGCUGCCGCGCAGGCCGCCCAGCACGUACCAGUGCAGGGAGACGGGCUCCUCCGAUUUCCGCUCCGCGUGUCCAGCGGUGCUCCCAUCGUCAAGGGCGUCACGAAGCGACAGGAGGAGGUUGCGCUGGAAGCCCAGCUGAAUGGCAAUUUUUACAGCAUCGACUUGACGAUUGGAACACCAGGCCAGACUGUUACGGUUAAUUUCGAUACUGGAUCUCCGGAGCUUUGGGUGAAUCCCGAUUGCAGUCAGGCUGACAACCCGGAGUUUUGCGAGUCGUUUGGGCAUUUUAAUGAGAGCAGUACUUUUACGGAUCUUGGGACGCAGGGGACUAUCAUUUACGGUACUGGAAUGGUCAGGUUCAACCGUAGCACUGAUUACAUUGCAGUCGGCGCUGCGAGAAUCUCGCAACAAAUCUUUGGAGUCGCAGACAACAGUUUUGUCACCAAUGUUGGUGUCAUGGGUGCCAGUCCAUGGCUGAGUGGUUGGGAAGGCGACUAUCCUUUGGUCCUUGACAACUUGGCCACUCAAGGCUUCAUCAACAGCCGAGCUUUUAGUCUUGAUAUCCGAAGUAUUGGUAGUGAUAGAGGCUCCGUCAUCUUUGGAGGUAUUGAUACUCGCAAGUUCUCUGGUCAACUUGAGAAGCGUCCCAUCAUUCCUGGCGACGACUCUCCUGACGGUUAUACUCGCUACUGGGUUUAUCUUGACGGCCUCACCCUUGUCCAGAACGGCAAGAAGAUCCCCAUCUUCUCCAAGCCCAUCCGACAGGCCGUUAUGCUUGAUAGCGGUUACACCUUGAGCACCCUCCCUGGUCCUAUUGUCCAGGCCAUUGUCGACUCUUUCCCUACAGCCAAGACCAUCCCCGAGUCUCCUCUGUACUCGGUGGACUGCUCGGUGAUGGACAUGGCCGGCACCGUCGACUUUCUCUUUGGAGAAACUGUCAUCAAGGUUCCGUACGCAGACUUUAUCUGGAAGCGCCCGGAUGGUGCUUGUAGGCUUGGAGUCUUCCAAGAUGAUAACUUCCCCGUCCUAGGAGACACGUUCCUGCGUGCCGCCUACGUGGUUUACGACUGGGAUAACCGCAACAUUUGGCUUGCCAACAACGAAGACUGCGGAUCUAAGCUUGUUGCUAUUGGAAAAGGUCCCAAUGCUGUGCCCGCACUCACCGGCGAGUGCAACCCCUCUGAUGGCAACACUACGACUGUCCCGACCACGUCGGCUCCAACCAACUCAACGGCGGUCCCCUCUACUCUUUCUUCGACGCAAUACCGCAACACAUCCAUGGCUCUCACCACUCCCAACUCAUACCUGACGGUGACUUAUCCCACGGGACAUGCGGGUGUGACCUCGACAGUCACAUACAGCGAGGUGCACACAAUUACUUCGUGCCCCCCUACUGUGACCAACUGCCCAGUUGGAUCAGUCACGACGGAGCUCGUCACAUCCUACCAUGUCAUCAACUGCCCCGGAAAUGGUGCCUGCGGCGGCAAGGUAACACGUCCCGUUACUGCCAAGGUCCCUCAGUCAACAGCAACCUACACGAUCCACAUGCCUACCAUGUGCAGAUGCCAGACUGGCUGCCCCAAGGAUGCUUACAAGACCGAGGCUCAAGUAAUCACCGUUAAGCCCGUCAAGGAGAACCCCUAUCCCACUCCCAUCCAUGGGCCUGUUAGCCAUCCCCCCAACCACACCUUCACAGGCAUUCACCCUGCGAGCACCACCUCCAGCAGCUUCAAUCCUGAUGGUUGUACAACUUGCCACGCUCAGAAUGAGCCCACUGGUGUUCCUGCUACUGAUGUCUCUCCCUCUGGUGCGGUUCCCACUGGUGUUGCUCCAGUGACUGCUGGGGCUGUUUCCAAGGUACCUGGCAUCUUUGUCGCUGCUAUUGGACUUGUGGCAGUUGCAAUGCUUUAG